AUGCCAAUCGUCACACGAGUCACAAUCCAGCCGGUGGGCAGUACAAAUUAUACGUUAUCAAGUUUCGGAGGCAACGCAACACUAUCUUGCAGUUUUUCUUCGAACACCAGUGGAUUAACCGUUGUUUGGACACGCAAUAAUGUCCCAAUCACUUUUUCACAAAAAUACGAGAUUAUAACUACAGAAGAAAAUGGAGAUGCUAUUACAAGCAAUUUGACCAUAACUAAUAGCAACAUAACUGAUGCUGGUCUGUAUACUUGUAGGGCUACUGAUCAAUCACAGGUGUCCUACUCAACCAUUGUUUCGAUUUUAGUCAAACCACUUCAACUUGGAGAAAUAACUGACUUUCAAAGGCUAGUUGUAGGGAGUAACGCCAGUAUUACUUGUCGCAUUCAAGCGUAUCCAUUACCAACAUUGACAUGGAGGAAGGGAAAUGUAGAACUGUCCAAUAAAACAUAUAACGUUUCAACAUCUCAAUAUAAUAUGACUACAACAUUAUCUCUAGCCAAUCUUAAUUAUACGGAUCGAAGCUUAUAUUCUUGUAUAUUUAUGAAUGAAGCUGGCAAUCAUACAGAGACAGUUGAUAUUCGAGUCAUGAGCAAUCUAGCACCACUAUGGCCCGCAUUAGGCAUCAUAUGUGAACUUGCUCUGGCAGCUGUGGCUUAUUUAACCUAUCAUGGAAGGAAAGCGAAACUGUGA